UCAAAACUACAGGCCCCGCCUCCGCCAAUCCCUCAGACCCUGAGGGAAACGGCCCGAGUGGGUUUUAAAAGAGAAAUACAGAUGAGGGAAAUUCACGACAUUUGACGUUUCCAGCGCGAAUAUUUAUUUGAAAGCGUCUUUGUUCCUGAGGAAGCGUCACAAUUUACGUGCUUUCCGAAGAAUUUCACACUCUUUGUGAGAGCCGAGGUGCAGGAUGGAUGAAAUGCGGCCUAACAGCGGCGCCCACCUCGGCCUCGCGUCGCUGUUCCCCCAGGGGCUGCAGGCCAUCUACGGGGAGUGCAGGCGGAUCUAUCCAGACCAGCCGAACCCAUUGCAGGUCACUGCCAUCGUUAAAUACUGGUUAGGGGGGCCGGAUCCCCUAGACUACAUUAGCAUGUACAGAAACGUGGGAUGCCCUGCUCUGGACGUACAAGAACACUGGCACUAUGUCAGUCUCGGCCUGAGUGAUCUGUAUGGAGACAACAGAGUUCAUGAAUUCACGGGUCAAGAUGGUCCAAGUGGAUUUGGAUUUGAACUUACGUUUCGACUGAAGAGAGAAGCUGGGGAGACGGCACCCCCCACUUGGCCAGCUGAGCUCAUGCAGGGUUUAGCCCGAUAUGUCUUUCAAUCAGAAAACACAUUCUGCAGUGGAGAUCACAUCUCAUGGCACAGCCCACUAGACAACAGUGAGUCCCGAAUCCAGCACAUGUUGCUUACAGAGGACCCCCAAAUGCAACCAGUGCAGACCCCUUUUGGACUUGUCAGCUUCCUUCAGAUUGUGGGUGUGUGCACAGAGGAGCUGCAGGCAGCACAGCAGUGGAAUGGUCAGGGCAUUCUGGACCUGCUGCGUGGAGUGCAUGUUGCUGGAGGUCCGUGGUUAAUCACUGACAUGAGGAGAGGGGAGACCAUAUUUGACAUUGAUCCUCACUUACAACAGGAGAGAGUAGAUAAAGGCAUCGAUACGGACGGAUCCAACCUUAGUGGCGUCAGUGCUAAGUGUGCCUGGGAUGACCUGAGUCGACCUCCCGAGGAUGAGGACGACAGCCGAAGCAUCUGUAUUGGAUCACAACCGCGCAGGUUGUCUGACAAAGACACUGAACAGAUCAGAGAGGCGCUAAGGAAAGGAUUGGAGAUUAAUAGCAAGUCCAUCUUACCCCCCAUUAGCAGUCAGAGACACAGUCAAGACCGUCCAGUACAAUCAGUUGGACAUUUGCAGAGCAAGCAGAACUCAAGAAGUCGUAAGGACAGUCUGGAGAGUGAGAGCUCUGCUGCCAUUGUCCCUCACGAGCUGGUGAGAACACGACAGCUGGAGAGUGUACACCUCAAGUUCAACCAUGAGUCUGGAACUCUACUCCCAAUGUGCCUUAGAGGUCGUCUGCUCCAUGGGAGGCACUUUACAUAUAAAAGCAUCAAUGGUGACACGGCUAUUACUUUUGUAUCCACUGGAGUGGAAGGUGCCUUUGCCACAGAGGAGCAUCCAUAUGCAGCACAUGGGCCGUGGCUACAGAUUCUACUCACUGAAGAGUUUGUUGAGCAGAUGUUAGGGGACCUCCAGGAUCCAAGUAUUCAUGAAGAGUCCAAGCUACCAAAGGAGUACAGUUGGCCUGAUAAGAAGCUGAAGAUCUCUGUCCUGCCUGAUACAGUGUUUGACAGCCCACUGCAAUAAGACUGAGGCUGUGACUACCCCCACAUCUCUAGGGAAGAGCUGAGCCACAGGGCUCCAAUGAGACUCAUGUGCCUACACACAGUUGGAGGAAACGGACAGGCAGACACUUCACUCCCUCUCGGACAGCUAUUGGCACACUACACAGAAUAUGCCUUUUUCUCCAAGUAUCGAGUCCAUUAUACCACUUGCCAUUUGAAUGUUUCUGUUGGAUGUGUUUUGUUCCAGAAGGCAGGCCUCAUUCUUUUUGCCUUCAAAUUCAUGCUUGCACACAAGUGCCUGCAGCCUGAAUCGGUGCUUUCACAUGUAGAAGGAUUCUAUUUGAAUUUUUGAAUUUAUGCCAUGUAAGAAAUUUACAUUUAGCUUUCCAUGGUGUUUGGAGUUUGUGAACCAUGUUCACAAAUGAUGUGAUCAGUCCCCCAAAUCCACAGUCUUGCCUUCACCCUGGUUUAAAAUUCUUUCAAAGUGCAAAAGGAACAAGUUUAUAAAGUUUGUUUUUCCAAA